AUGACAAGCUUUGAUACAAAAUACGACAUGUUUCCUGCUGGUGAUGUUGGGAUUGUCGAGGGUGAAAUGAAUGUACCAUCCCGAGGAGUUCCAAGUGGAGACAGCAUGGAAUUUAACACUCUUGAUGAGCCCAUUAAAGAAACAUUUCUUAGAGAUCUAAGAGCUGUUGGAAACAAAUUUUACCAUGUUCUUAUUCCUAGAGAGAAAACUAGCUUAUUGAAAGAAUGGGAUCUUUGGGGUCCUUUACUUCUGUGCACUUUCAUGGCAACUAUUCUUCAAGGAUCAGAGCGAGCUGAUGAUACAAAUGAUGGAGGUCCUGAAUUUGCAGAAGUGUUUGUGUUAGUUUGGAUUGGGGCUGCUGUUGUGACAUUCAAUUCAAAAUUAUUGGGUGGAAAUAUAUCAUUUUUCCAAUCAGUAUGUGUGCUCGGCUACUGCUUGUUCCCCAUAGCACUGGCUCUGGUUGUCUGCAGAAUGAUAUUGUUCACAACACAGAAUUCAUUUUUAUUCUUCCUCCGUCUAGUCAUAUCAAUGUUUGGCUUUGCAUGGGCUACAUUUGCCGCUACCAAAUUCCUAGGCGACAGUCAGCCGGAGGGUAAGAAAGGCCUCGCAGUAUUCCCCAUUUGCUUAUUUUAUUUCAUCCUAUCGUGGCUGGUUGUUUCGCACAGCAAUGUU